AUGUAGCCUUCUUAGCUAAAGGAAAUAGAAGAAGAAAAAAUUGCGCUAAUUUGUUAUGAUAAAUCAGGGUAUAAUCUAAAUGAUUAGUAAUUAUCUUAUUUAGCUUAAGAAAUAAGAAGAUCAUAGCAAAUUAAUCAGCUGAAACUUAAUCUUAACAAUAAUAAGUUCUCUGAUAAAGGAAUUUAGGGAUUAUUUGAAGAAAUAGGCUUUUUAAGAAACCUUGAAACUCUUGAAUUUUUAUUAUCAGAUAAUUUGAUUACUGGACUGUCAUUGAAAUGGGUAGGAGAAAAUAUAGGAUUGUUAAAUUCUCUAUAAAAAUUAGUUUUGAGUUUUUAGAGAAACAAGAUAGAUAGCUAUUAUUUUAGUUAUUUAAUCAAUGGGAUUUUGAAGUGUAAAAAACUAGAGAUUUUGAUUCUUUAUUUGAAUGAUAUACCUAUACAUGAAGAAGGAAUGAAUAUCUUUGGAGAUGGGAUAGGCAAGCUCCAAAUGGUGUAUUCAAUGUCAUUAAACUUUUGGAACUGUUUAAUAGGAAGCUAAGGCAUUAAAUAAUUAGCUAUAGGAUUAAGUAAAUGUCCUUAAUUGACAGAUCUUACCUUAUAUUUAGACAACAAUAUGAUAUUAGAUGAAGGAGCUGUCAAUCUUGGAUAAUAUAUUUAAAAUUGUUAACUAAUAGUUAAGUUAUCUAUAUACUUAGAAAAAAAUAGUAUUGGAGAUUAAGGAGUUCAAGCGCUCAUGAAUGGAAUAAGCAAACUUAGCUAGCUAGAAAAUUUAAACUUGAGUCUAAGUUUGAAUAAGCUUACUAAAGAUUCAGGAAUAAAUAUUGGAAUAAGUCUAUAGAAAACAAAGCUACUAAAAACUUUAAAUUUAAAUUUAUGGGGAAAUUAUUUACAGAAAGAUGGAAUAGUUGAUUUAGCUUAGUAUUUGGGAACAUGUAAAGAAAUGACACAUCUAAAUAUAAAUUUAGCAGAUAAUGGAGUGAAAGAAAAUAUUAUUAUUCUAGCUUUGGAUAUAACAAAAUUAAAAAAUUAGAAAUUAGUGGUUAAUGGAAAGAACUGA